AUGAAGUGUGCCCUUCAUCCUCACAGUGAUAUUGACACCUAUCUACCAAGGCAAACAGUGGCCUAUGGAUCUUAUUUUGAUCGUAUUAGUGAAUGGAGCAAGCACCUUGAUGACAGCAAUAUAUUUUUUAUUACCUAUGAGGAGAUAAAAGAGAAUCCAGCCUCAGCAGUGAAAAAAAUAGCCGAAUUCUUUGAUUUUUCUGUGACUGAAGAAAAGAUUGAGACCAUUGUAAAGGAAACAAGUUUUGAAAGCAUGAAAGAUAAUUCAGGAACCUAUGGAAAAGUGGGCCAGAUACUUUUCCGCAAAGGCAUAGUAGGUGAUUGGACAUCUGCCUUCUCAGAAAGCCAGAGUGAAAGAAUGGACAGAAAAUUUGAGGAGAGUGUAGCAAAAACUAAGCUUGGAAUGAUGUUGAAAUAUGAGCUGUACUGCAAAAACUGAAGAGGCCAUCAGUGCUACAAAUCUCUC